AUGGCUGCCAACUGGCAACCCGAGUGCCUUGUGCCUCAGCAUCAAUCGUCCUUGGAGGGCGUGGGUAGCCACUCAGAGCGGGCCCUUCAGAACACGUCUGGAAAUGUUCAGUCAUAUUCAGACGGUCUUGUCCACAAUCAUGUUGGCCGAGAUGAUCAUCUUCAGCACUUGGCCUACAAGUAUCCUCAGCAUUCAGUUGCUGCCCAUCCGGCUCAUCAACAAGCUGUGGCCGCUCGACUGCAUGCCCGGAGGAUCCGUCGACUCAACCCCGUUGGGCCAAACAUGGCACCUCGACGGGAACGACGAAGCUACCUCAAGUCCCAAAAAUACUUGGAGUAUCGGGCUCGUCCUCGGCGAGACACUGGUAAAGACGGCGAGCCUGUCUGGUCCGACGAACUGGAAGAUGCUUUUCAGCAAGCUUUGGAGGCCAAUCCCCCCAUGGGCAGGAGAAAGUGGUCUGAGCGUGGCAAAUCCUAUGGACGAAACGAGCUCAUUGCGGAGUACAUUUUCAAGUUGACUGGCAAGCGAAGGACCAGGAAACAGGUCUCCAGUCAUCUCCAAGUACUUGAUUCUUUCUUGAAGGGUGACCCGGAUUGGGAGCGCCUUGUUCGUGAACAGUCUACUGAGCGCUCCAGCGCGCACAUGUCAGCAGCUGGCCCUAAAUGGCGGGCCUCCGUCGAUCAUCAGGCGACAGCAAAUCCCUAUGGUGUCCAUAGUCAUUCCCAGUACCACUCCCAUCACAUGAGAGCAAUGCAGCCUUAUGGGGAUCUACCACCUUCUCAUUACACCCUGCCGUCCUCUAUGCAGGAGGUCAGCACGAAGAACGUUCAUGGCUUUGGUUUCGACAUGUGGGUUAGUGCACCCCAACAAGCGAAUCGGAUCGAUAAAGCUCUUCACACAUACACACGCCUUCAAGGUGAUUUGCACCAUCCUAGUGCUCCUCCAAUGCUCUUGGAAAACGUCAAUGGCUGGCGUUCUUCGUUCCCUCAUCUGGCUUCUUUGAUUGAUCAGCUCGAUGGCCCCUUGGACUGUGACAUCAUCAUGUUGGAGGUGAACCUACAGCUCAUGACAGACUUCCCACCCUCGGGCUCUAAGCUUGGCAUUCAGCUUGAAUUGGACUAUGGUCAUCCUACUGCAGGAGAUGUCUCCAUGGUGAACCAGAUGGAGGAUUGGACCUGUGACACUCGCGUAUAUCAAGACGGUCGGGAGACUCGAGAUAGCUUCCAACCUCUCUCCCAGCCGCAGUCAACAAAAGUCAAGCCCUUGUUUGAGUCAUCUUGGUGGGCCAAACUGUUCACCGAGCUGACACAAGACAAGCGCAUUGCCGAGGACUCUGGGCAACCCGAUAGCAUCCAGGAGAACGACGAACGUACUCGUCGCUUCCUGCGCUCUCUUUCAGCAGUACAGGAAAUCCGCGCCAUUCCUCCAAGCUCCCGCCGCCUCGCCAACCAAUACCAAGGCGAGGCUUCUGAGAGCGAGCGUAUGGCGAUUCUUGUCUGGAAGUUCCGCCAGACCCGACCUGGAGACGUCGGCACCACCACCUGGAGGCGCCUGAUUCCGCCUCCAGCGCGCGCUACAACCAACAGCCCUCACCCGAACUCUGGCGUGGAUCUUCCCCCUUUGUCCUUGGACUCAAUCCUGCUCAACAAGCCCCCACAGAGCGUGUACCAGACACCACAACCCCAUGACCUUCUCCAUCAUCAUCAACAUCACCAGCCGAGCCAAGCCCAAUCACAAUGGCCGAUGUACUCGUCCUCUCACGACAACGUGACAAACAUGUUCAGUUCAUCUAGUCAUCUCGAUUACUUAUCCUCAAUCACCAAACCCGAGGACACCAUGGGUGACAAGACAGCCGUGACGUCCGUACUCGACUCUUAUCCUGUCACGCUCGCCCCCGAAACUUCCCAGGCAUCUAUUCUCAAUGUAUCUAGUGGCGGGUCCAUGAUGAUGAACAUGCAUGAUUUGCCGCUCUCCCACUCCGGGAUACCUUAUAUGAGCCACGAUGGCAGCCACUACGUGCCAUCUCAGUCGCACAAUGUCCACCUACAGGACAGCCACAACGUGUUAAACGGCUUCUUUGGUGGAAACACCCAGUCUCUGGACGACAUGAACAACGGCCAGGCUUCCUGGGCUGCACAUUCGUCCUCCCUCGCCGGAGACGUUGGUACAAAUAAUUACCACCACCAGCAUCACCACAUCCCAUACCAAUCCGAGCACCACGCCUCCGUACCACGCGAGUCCCAACAACCACAUAACUUUGACGGCCUCCUACCGUCCGAAGAUCUCAUGGACAAGCUUGUCGGACGCAUGUCCAACAAUCCCAGCAUGCACGGGGCGGGCCCUGAGCAUGGAAGCACUACCUACGCCGAGACCGGCAGCGUGGAAGGCGUGUGA